UAUCUUGCGACGCAGUGGUUGGCUUGGCAACGGCAAUUGACGACUUUCCCCUCUUAAGAAUCUGUAAACAAAGCAUUUGUUGUGUCCUGUUAUAGAAAAACCAGAAAGCCUCGGAGACUAUAACCUUUUCUGUGCGAUGAUUGAGUCCUCUUUAACUUCUUUAGGUGCGAAAGUUGUCCUUGUUGCAUCCAGCGAUGAGAAUCACCCACCAGAAAACAUUAUCGACGGAAACACUAAAACGUUUUGGAUGUCCACUGGGAUGUUUCCUCAAGAGUUCAUCAUUCACUUCCCUGAACCUACAAACAUUGGCACUGUGACAGUGGACAGCUACAAUGUGAAGCACCUGAAAAUAGAAAAAAACACCUCACAAAAUGCUUCUCAAUUUGAGCCUGUCGCAGAGAAAGAGUUUGAAAGUACAGAGGGACAUCUUCAGUCAAAUGCUAUAACACUAAAUGGAUGCACUGCCACCCACCUUCGUUUCAUCAUCACCGCGGGAUAUGAUCACUUUGUCUCAGUUCACAGAGUCAGUGUAAAAAAUUAACACACAUAAUUAAAAUUAUUGUGUGUAUAACAUUUACGAGGUGUGAUCAUAAAGUUAUGCGGUGAACCCAUAAAAAUCAAAAAACAUACUUUAUUUAAAUUUGGCCUGACUUGAAUUUAAUUUUGGUUACACAUUUGGUUUAGCCUAGAAUGUACUCAGUUGGGAACUUGGAUAGCUGGAGACCCAGGAGCUGAGUAGUUAUUCCUGUUAUACUUCUUUAACAAGUCUGUGUGGUUACAAUAAUAAUUAAAAAAAAAGGCAGGCAUUAAAACAUCCACACGGACCCUUGCGCUAACCAUCUGAUGACAAAAUUUACGUCACUCGGACCCUAGCGGACUCCAGAAUGUAUAAAGCAGAAUUGAUUUUUCAGCAGAGGUAGUGCGUUUGCAGUCUGGUGAUGGCCCAUCUACCUGUAGCGAGCUCUGUUGUCAAGUAUGUAGUACAGGCAGUCUGUAAGCCCCUCUUGCUUGUGUUGUUGUUGGUCAGUCAGCCAGCUGCGGAAAAGAGCGAAGUUCUAAAGUUCCAAAAACAGUGAAAAGUGUCCGCUGCACCGAUUGUCUGUAGUUUUUGAUCUUUGAAGUUUAUUUCAUGGUUUCUCCUGUUCCUGUUGAACUCCACCUUACCUAUUCUAGCCUACCUCUGGUUCAGAUCCAGAAGUGCACAAAAAGAUGACCUUGAAGUCAUGGAUACUGAAAUUUGAAGUGAAAUCAGGCAUACUUUUUAUUUUCAUGGGAGUUGUGCAACGUUGUGAGCUCAUCACAUAUAUAAAAAUAAUAUGACCAUUUCUUUUUUUCAUAAACAUAUACAGUCAGGUCCAUAAAUAUUUUGACAGAGAUGACUUUAUUCUGAUUGUGAUUGUGUACAUUACCACAAUGAAUUUUAAAUGAAAAUACUCAGAUGCAGUUGAAGUGCAGACUUUCAGCUUUAAUUCAUUGCUUAAAAAUGUGAGCAACUAAAGUGUUUUCGUUUUUUUAAACUCAACCUCUUCGUUCCAGGGGCUCAAAAGUCGUUGGUCAAAUUAAAUAACUGAAAAUAAAAGGUUCAUUUCUAAUACUUUGCUGACAAUGACAGCUUGAAGUCUUAAACUCAUGGACAUCAGCAGAUGCUGGGUUUCCUCCUUUUUACCAGUCCUUUACUGCAGCAGCUUUCAGUUGCUGUUUGUUUGUGGAUAAUGUGGAUACCCUCAAAUGAAGGUGGAGAGUCUCCACAUUAUGUCCGUGUCCAUUACAGAACUAUAACUGGAAUAUGUUUCUGUAAACGGGUAAAAAAAAAUAACGCUUGUGUCAGUGUCCAAAUAUAUAUGGACCUAACUGCAUGAAUUUGUGGUAUUUCAUUUUUAAUUAAACAAUAAUAAAAAAAAACAUACACACACGCAUUAUUUGACAUAGCUGGGGAACUAUGAAUCUUCUUGGGAUACGUUUGAUAGAGAAAACAUUUGAAUGUAUUUUUAAGCCUGCCUUAUGAUUAGGACAUUUGUGUCAAUUCAUUUUUACAGUUUUUGCUUAUUUAAUGUUAUGGAUUCACUAAUGGGCCUUAUUUUAAAUCCUACAUUCGACUGUUCCUGCCUAUUUCACAAGCUGAUAAUAGGCAAAGCCUUGGAAUAAAAGAGCCGGAUGGUGAUGAAUGGUAGAAUUACUUACAAAGGAAGUUUCUCUCUCUGUGUGAGAGAUAGAAUUAAUUAAGUAAUUUUGAGCAGCAGGGGCUUAAAUUGGAAUCCAUACAGCCUGCCCACCACCCACCCCCAUCCUCACGAACAUAAUUUGACAUUGCCACAGACGUUUAUAACCAUGGGCAACCUUGCUGGGGGGUUGGGGGACCAGAUGGUUUCCCAGCCAACGAGUGAGUGUCUAAAGACUCCAGGCCUGUUCACACAAAAUAUUCAAGCCACCUCUUCUACUUACUGUAUAUAUCCUUUACACACACACAGUAACGCUUCCUCAUAAACACUCAUAAACCUAUAUACCUCAGCUGCCAUUUCAACAUGUCGGUAGCAAAGGCUUUUCAGCAGUAUGUGAGGACCCUUUGGGACUCCCUCCCCAAUUACUUUUCUGACUGCACGAGGCUUGGGGAUUUGCAGAGCCUGUGUUUGUUAUAGCUUGGUCUGCAUGCAGGGCCCUGAAUAAACCAAUAAAAAUAUGAAAUAGUUGCCUGAAUAACUGGCCUCCUGAUAGUUUAGAGCAACUAAUUGCUUAGGGGUAUAGUUCGGAUGGAGCACAUUUGAGUAUGUGAGUGUGUAAUGAGUAAUGAGGCCAAGGCAGAAACUGAUACGGUGUUAUUGACUCUUCUAUUAUUUACCAGUAUGGAAUAUUUAUUAUAUUUUUGAAAGUCAGGUUUGGACUGUGAAAUGCAGUGCUUCAGAGUCAUAGGAGUACAUUUUUCCCUCCUCGGUAGUUCAGGUGUGAAUUUUAAUUCAUAUGUUUGCUUUAAAAAUUUAACCAAAGAGACUCGCUUUGCAUGUUGAACAGGUCUGAAAAAGCUCCUCUGUGUUAUUAAUGAAUUCAGGCCCUUUUGUGCUUGACUAUCAGCCGAUCAGAAGAAACACAGCAGGAUAUGAGUGCAUUAUUAUCAUGUCACUGCAGGGUAGGGCUAAAUUAUCACCCAGUCUACUGAUGGCUGUCUAACUGCUGUUUAGUCAUACUCAGACAUCUGCUAGACCAGAACUCUGUAUGUUCAGCUGAGUCUAUAAAAAGAGAUCGGAUCCUCCCUGAAAACCCCUGUUCAGUAGAUGAUACAGCUGACAGAGGUUGAUUUUUGUAAAAUUAUUAAAAGCCCACAACAAAUAUGUAUGCAUGCAAUAUAUUUUUCAGUUAAUUAUCAGUUAAAACACAUUAAAAUGGCUACGUUUCAAAAUCACA